GCACACCCAAUGGAUAAGGUACGAUCUAACGAAAUCAUCAUCCCCAUUGCACACGACUUCAUUGGUGCUCGCUCAAUGGAAGUGAGUAUGUCUCUCAACGCGUUGGCUCGGCUUCCACUGAAGAAUACAGGAAGACUCGAAGAGGUCGGUUUAGCAAGACACUCUCUCUUCACCUCGAGAACACCAUGCCGAGAAUCUACGAAACGGCGGAUGGUUUUCGUUGUGGAGGCGAAAGGGAAGAAAGGCAUGGCGGCUCGUCAGUAUCAACGCACACCUCCUCCUAUGCCUAAGAUUGAAGACGACGGGAACCCUAGAUUCGUUAUCUUCAUCCGUAUGGCCAAUGUGUAUCUUUGGUAUCCACUAAGUAUAAUAGCUGGUGGUACAACUGCUAAGAUCAUGGUUGCUGCUAAAGAUAACCUCUUGGGGAAGUAUAUCUACAAAGACACCAUUGCUAGAAACAUUGCUGCUGUUAUUUACAGAGAUGAGAAGGAGAUACAAAAGACAGCUAUAAAGCAGCAUCGUGUCUUGCGGACUGCCACUGAGUUUCGAUAUGGCUACAAACUUGUUGAAAACGGGAACAUGAGAGCUGCACUCAGUACCUCGGAUGUCAUCGAGCUCCCAACUCAGGACCAGCUUAAAACAGUGUUGGACAAAGUGAAAGACUUUUUCGGGGAUGCUAAAGAGUCAUUCGGAAAGAUAUCAUCUUUGAAUCCUGGAGAAACUGAAGAAAGCCCUGAUGAGAAAGCCAAGCAAGUAUAAACAGGGUCCAAGGCUGGACAAUUGACACACUUUAUGGGCUGAUUCCUAUCUCAACCGUCUUGAUAUGGGAUCCAGAAUUUCCAACUGUUUAUUAUGACGAGAUGCACAUUUUUCUUUUAUACACCUCUCAGGGAAACAGUUUCUCUUAAAUCUCUUGUAAACUUAUAUAGUGUCUGUAGAUUUGUUUAAAGAAAGAGCUGUUGAUUACAACUUGCGA